AUGAUAAAUUCAGGAAUGGGUUCAAAACGAACAAAACUAAUUAUCCAGAAUGCAGAGAUUGCCUUUCAAUGUAAUAAUCUUGAUAAUAAUGUUAGAGAUGAUAUUGCUGAGGAUGAAGAAAACUCUGGAAGAGUUCCUACAGGCCCCUCUAAUAAUAAAACGUCUCCAGGCGUAUUAUUGUAUCAUGCAAAUGUUCUUGAAAAUCCAGUUACAAUUGAUAUGGAUUGUCUAACUGACAUUACUCCGGUUACGUUUUUUUCCAACAACGGUAUUACGGCUGCAGAUAAUUCGAAUUUGGCAGAUCAAGCAAAUUCCUCCGAAAAGCCUGUUUAUACAGAACUUUUCACUGUCCUGGAUAACAGCACAGUUGAUGAUGGUGUGGUAGAGAACAUAACAGAAAUUGCAUCCAAUGUAGCAGACUACUUACCUAAUCAAAGAAAUGAAGGGGAAAAUUGUCCAGAUUUUCAAACGGUUUCGACGCUUGAAGAUGGUAGACCCGAAUCUGGUAAUGAUAAGAGCGCGAGCAGCGACCAUAAUAAUGAUGACGACCCUGAUUAUCAACCUGAAGAUGAUGAUAUCAAUGCUUACGACAGUGAUAAUGAAGAUAAUCCUUUAAAUGCUGGAGAAGUAGAGAACGAGGACAGUGACAGCGAUAUUGAAAUUAUUGAAACAGAAUACACGAAAAAGGGAGCUUUACGAAAAAGAAAAAAGUAUAAAUAUUCAGUAACUGAAAGGAGAGAAAAGGUUCUGAAGAAGAUGGAAAGAAAACACAAAGUUCUUGAAGGAUGUGUAGAAACUUGUAGAAAAAAAUGUAGACAAAAUAUAACAGAUGAUAGAAGAAUUGACAUAAACAAACAGUUUUGGAAGAUGAACCGACAUGACCAAAAAAACUUUGUGAUGGGUUGCAUUGUAACUAGUGGAAUAAAAAGAAAAACUGUCGGAGAAGAUUCCCGUAGAUCGUCAUCAAACAAGUAUUAUCUGAAAAACGAAGAAGGGCAGUCUAUUUGUAUUUGCAAAACAUUUUUUUUGACAACAUUGGGUUAUAAAAAAAGCAACGACAAAAUAAUAGAAAGUAUUAUGGAUAAAAACAAAACCAUAAUAAUCCCUAAGAGGGACAAAAGGCGUGGAAAAAGCCCUCCAAAUAAAAAAAAUCUUGAGGUAGUUAUUCAACACAUUGAAUCCUUCAUGCCAAGAAUUUCACAUUAUCGACGCGAACACGCUCCUCUUCGCAAAUACUUGCCCAGUGAUCUAUCCGCUCAAGUUUUGUAUGAUGACUUUAAUUCAAAAAACCCGAAUUUUUGUUCCUAUGAUUUAUACCGAUCCGUUUUGCGUAAACGUAAUAUAUCAUUUGUCAAAUUAGGUCAUGAAGAAUGUGAACAUUGUGAACAUUUCAAUAUACAUGACCAUGACAAAAAUAAUUUAAUUCCAGAUUGUGAUACCUGCGAGAAGUGGAGAAUUCACAUUAAAAAAGCAGAAUUAGCUAGAAUUAGUUACAGAAUUGAUGCUGGAAAACCUGAAUCAGAAGCCGAGGUUAUUUUUUCUGUGGAUUUACAAAAAGUCAUAAUGCUACCCAGGUGCGAGAUGUUCAAGAGUGUUAUAUUUACCGGCAGAUUAGUUGCUUACAAUGAAAGUUUUGUGCCAGUGGGAUCAAAGAAUAAAAAUUUAAGACCGACGGCUACAAUUUGGCAUGAAGCAAUAAGAGGGCGUAAAAAAGAGGAUAUAAUCAGCACUUUCUAUAAAUUCUUUUUGGAGCAUAGAGACAGAAUCAAAAUAGUACUCUGGUUAGAUAACUGCACGGCUCAAAAUAAAAACUGGGCAUUCCUCACCUUCCUAGUUUAUAUUGUAAAUUCGUUAAAUGUUGUUGCUACAGAAAUUGUUAUAAACUACUUUGAGCCCGGGCAUACUUUUAUGUCGGCGGAUUCGUUCCACCACCAGGUGGAACAAUCCAUGAGAAAGUUUAAAAAAAUCUAUGACUUUAAUGAUUUCAAAAAGGCAGUUUCAAAUGCCAAUUCUUCUAGAGUAAAUGUCCUAGAGAUGGAACUUACAGACUUUUUUGACUGGAAAGAUUUUAGUUCCAAGUUCAAAUUGAAACAGGAAAAGGUUUAUUUACACGAUAUAGUUCAAAUUGUUGCUAGAAGAGGUGAAAUGAUUUUAUAUUAUAAAAAUGACUAUGAAGGGGAACUUUUACCGCUCAAUUUUUUAAAUGCAAAAAUUUUAAAAUCUGGUAUUCCAAAUCCCAGUCAGCAGUCAACGUUUAGGGGCAUUUCCGGUGAAAGACGUAACGGGAUUGUUAAUCUUAUCAAAGGAGCCUCAAGCAUAAUACCCAGUAACAGAAUUCAAUUUUGGGAGAAUAUUCCAUUAGCGAACGGUGAGCCUGUCGAGGACGAAGAUAAUUUUUGA